AGUCCUUAAAAUAAGGAAAUGCCAAAUGUAGCAUUAGAAGCUCAGCUUUAAUCGGUUCAUUCUAAAAUUUUCCUUCUUUCUCCUCUAAUUUGAUCAACCGGUAAAUUCGUAUAUUUAUUGGGUUUGGUUUUAGCACUCUAUGUAGGCUUUGUUCGGAGAUAUCAUCUCGAUAUCGGUCUUGAUCUCUUUGCGAUAGACGCUUUGCCUGGGGCCAUGGCGGACAUCGUGAAGCAGAUCCUGACAAGGCCGAUCCAAUUGGCUGACCAGGUGACCAAGACCGCCGACGAUGCCCAAUCCUUCAAACAGGAGUGUGCCGAGCUUAAAUCCAAAACGGAGAAGCUCGCCACACUCCUCCGUCAGGCUGCCCGUGCUAGUUCCGACCUCUACGAGCGCCCCACCCGGCGCAUAAUCGACGAUACCGAGCAAGUCCUCGACAAGGCCCUCGUCCUCGUCACAAAAUGUCGUGCCAACGGCAUUAUGAAGCGGCUUUUUACCAUCAUACCCGCCACUGCGUUUAAGAAAAUGUCUUCUCAGCUCGAGAAUUCCAUUGGCGAUGUCUCUUGGCUGCUUCGUGUAUCUGCCUCCGCAGAUGACCGUGACGAUGAGUACUUGGGCCUUCCUCCUAUUGCCGCUAACGAGCCUAUCCUCUGCCUUAUCUGGGAACAGAUUGCUACCCUCUAUACGGGAUCUGUUGAAGAGAGAUCCGACGCGGCUGCCUCGCUUGUAUCUCUCGCCCGCGACAAUGAUCGAUAUGGUAAGCUCAUUAUCGAGGAAGGUGGGGUGGGACCUCUUCUGAAAUUGCUUAAAGAAGGCAAAUUUGAAGGCCAGGAGAACGCCGCCCGGGCCAUUGGUCUUCUCGGUCGUGAUCCUGAGAGCGUAGAACACAUGAUUCACGCGGGCAUCUGCUCAGUGUUUGCGAAAAUCCUUAAAGAAGGUCCCAUGAAGGUUCAGGCCAUGGUUGCUUGGGCAGUGUCUGAGCUUGCCGCUCAUCACGCCAAGUGUCAGGAUCAUUUUGCCCAGACCAAUAUAAUUCGACUACUCGUUAGUCAUCUCGCAUUUGAGACCGUUCAGGAACAUAGUAAGUAUGCAAUUGCGAGCAAGCAAUCCAUGUCGAUUCAUUCAGUCGUAAUAGCGAGUAAUAAUCCCAACCAGAGCCCCAACAACAACAACAACAAUGCCAACGAAGACGAUAGUCAAAUUCCUCAUCCAAUGGGGAACAAAAUCCCAAGCCAGAUGCAUAAUGUUGUUACUAACACCAUGUCUUCUGGGAAAUCCCCAUCGAGGCCACCUCUAGCGCCAAAUAACCAUGGAAAUCAUUCGACUCAUGGCAGCACCAAGCAUCAUCACCAUUACCACCAACAACAACACCACCACCACAUGCCACCAUCAGGGCCUAGCAUUAAAGGGAGGGAAUUCGAAGACCCUGCCACCAAGGCCCAUAUGAAAGAAAUGGCUGCUAGAGCCCUUUGGCAUCUUGCCAAAGGCAAUUCAACCAUAUGCCGAAGUAUCACAGAGUCGAGAGCACUCCUAUGCUUUGCAGUUCUCCUUGAGAAGGGCCCUGAAGAGGUGCAAUUCAAUUCCGCUAUGGCAUUGAUGGAGAUUACUGCAGUUGCCGAGCAAGACACUGAGUUGAGACGGUCUGCAUUCAAGCCCAAUUCCCCUGCCGCUAAGGCUGUUGUCGACCAAUUACUGAGGAUCGUCGAGAAGGCAGACUCCGACCUUCUCGUCCCUAGCAUUAAGGCCUUGGGACACUUGGCAAGGACGUUCAGAGCAACAGAGAAGAGAAUUAUUGCACCAUUGGUGCGUUUGCUGGAUGAGAGAGAAGGGGAGGUUUCAAGGGAGGCUGCAAUUUCCCUCAUCAAGUUCGCAGGCACCGACAAUUACCUCCAUCUUGACCAUUCCAAGGCCAUAAUCACUGCUGGAGGAGUAAAGCAUCUAAUCCAACUUGUCUACUUCGGAGAGCAGAUAGUUCAAAUUCCGGCAUUGAUCCUGUUGUGCUACAUAGCAUUGCAUGUCCCCGAUAGCGAGGAGCUUGCAAAUGCAGAGGUUCUCACGGUGCUUGAAUGGUCAUUAAAGCAGGGGUCUAUGAUGCAAGAUGUCACCGUUGAGUCAUUGUUGCCAGAAGCCAAAGGUCGGUUAGAGCUCUACCAAUCCAGAGGUUCAAGGGGAUUUCAUUGAUUCAAUGUGCACAAAUAUUCUUAACGCAAAAUCGGUUUGUAUCUUUUUCUUCUUAUCAUGGAGUGUAUAUAUCGUUCUUUUUUCUGU